AAUCAAUUUAAAUUCCCGCACACAUGUGUGUGCGUGCGUGUGUGUCCGUCUGAUUGUGCAAGUGUGCGAACGCAAAUGCCGCCGCCAAAAAUAAUUUGAUCAUUUCGAGAAAAUCUCUCAAAUCGGCUGUAACAACAACAAAAACCAACGAAAAAUCGUUUUUCUAGCAGUUUAUCCGAAAGGCUAGAAAUUUCGACAUAUAGUUUAUUUUUGCUCCACAAGGGCAGGUGUACUACGGGGCGCUUGUAGAAUUUUUACCGAAAAUGAUAAACGGAAGUGGGGGUAAAAGCUGUUAUUAGCUUUUCCACCACGAUAAAGUGUAGACUUUGGUCCGAAAACUAAAAUACGGAACUAGAAAUGCAGCGCUAUCGAAAUCAAAAAUCCUCCUGCUGAGACUUAGUUAUUCUAAAUACAACUACAAAUCUAUAAAUGGAAAUGCUGUCAUUUGUGUAGACUUUUAUGGAAUAUUGAAAACUGAAAGCAAAAAGAUAUAUUUUUUUGUUUUGACAUCAUUUUUUCCGAAAACUGGAAUUGUCUGAAUUUUUUUGAAAUGAAAACUGAAAACUUAAAUCAAAUCCCGCGUUGUUAUUUGAAGCAAAAAACGAAAUAGAAACAGAAAAAUAAAAUUACUGUGUUUAGUGUAGAGCCCUAAAACUGAAACUACUUCUCUUUAUGUAAACUUAAAACUUAAUUUUAAAGCACAAAAAAAUCCGAAUCCGAAUCGACAACAGAAAAUCAAAUUUCUAUGUUUUUUUAAAACAAAAGUAAAAAUACCAGUAGACUACAAAUCAAAUCUCGCUGUGCUUAGUGUAGAGUUUUGGAAAAAGAAAAAACCGAAUGGCUGGGUAUAGUGUAGAAUUUGGAAACUGAAAAGCAGAAAAACCAAAGUCCGAACGAACGUCGCGUUUGUUUUUCCCCUGCUAAUGAGCUUGGUGGCAAGUUAUAUAUUCUGAUUCGGUUUCUUGUUGGCCUACUAAAGCAAACUGGCUCACACGAACACUCGAACUCACACACACUCACGCACCAUGUCUCAGGCGGCGAAAGGUUUCUCAACCGAUCUGUUUCUCAUGUCUCUUUCUGGCCCAUUCUGGUUUUUUAGGUCUCCACCGUCGACUCGUGGACAAAACGAAAGCACCGUCAUCGUUAGAGAGAGAGAGAAAACGUAUCAAAAGAUCAAAAAAACAAAUAAUCAAACAAACAAAAACUAUUUUAUUUCGUGGGUGUUACGUGUGAAAAACUGGCGCCAAAAAACCACUAUAAAAGGGUUAAUUAAAAUUUAUAAAUAAGCGCCAAAAAAACUAAAACAGAAUGAGUGCCAACCGUAAACGACGCAGCAGUUUUUACUGCGCGACAGCACAAGCAGCAGUACCAGUAUCAGUACCAGCACAGGAGAAAGAAAAACUAGGUGCAACAGCUGCAAUUUCAAUUCCGCCAUCCAAAGAGCAACUUUCUCUGCCGGCUGAUGAGGAUUUAGUGGAAAUGCCUCGUAUUUGCCGCUGCUGUUGCAAACGGGAUUUGGAAUUACUCGGCUUAUUUGAGGCCAGCCAACCGACAUUGGCCAACACAUCAGAAGCAGAAGUGGGAGCAGCAGCAGGAGCAGGAGCAACAAUAUCAGCGUCAAACAAAUCAUCAGUAACAACGGCUAAAACAUGUGCGACAGAAACUCCAGAGACACCACUGUCUGCAAAUCCAGUAAAUCCCGGGGAUAUGGCUACAUCAUCUUCAGCAGCAACAUCGUCCGCAUUUCUGACCACACCCUCUCCCAUGAGGCGUCGCACCACAGUUGCCACCACAUCCACAUUCACAUCCACAUCCACAUCGACAUCUACUUCAACUACUACUACUCCCCGUGGGCGAAGCAGCGAUAAUGCCGUCGACUACACCCUUAGCGGGGCCCACAGCAGCAUGGACAUUGUCCUCGAGGAGAUGACCAUUUGGAUGCUCAAUAUAAAUCGCGACGAUGGACUGCCGCAAGAAAUCUGCCGGCAGUGCAUGGCCCAGUUUUUGAUGGUGGCCAAGUUCCGGCGGAAAUGUGCACGGAUGCAGCAGCGCCUGCAGGACUUUGCCCAGGAGAUAUCCGACCGUCAGACGGCCAGACAGGCCAGGCGUCAGCAAAAAGUGCACAAGGAGCGUCUGGAUAGGAGGUCGGAGGCCAUCCAGAAGUGUCCCGAGAAUUUGCCAGCGUCCCAAACGGACCGAAAACGUCGCAUGGUGUCAGAAUCGGACAGCGAAUCGGCAGCAGCAGCAGCAGUGGCAGUAAAACAGGUGCGCACGGAAUCGAAGGACUUGCCGCCCCCCAGCUCGAGUCGCCUGCAACUCCGUCUGCGCAAGCUUCGCACCUUCUCCAUCGGCUGCGAAAUGGACCGUCCAUCCGCCUCCAUCGAUGCCAGCAGCAUGCCCUGGAAGACGAAGGCCGCCCGCAAGCAGCUGGCGGAGACGUGGUCAUCUAGCUGCUCCCCGGACGACCUCUCAUCGCCCAGUCGCGAGCGCUCCAGCACCAGCAGUAGUGAACACAUGAGCGACCUGUCCGUUGGGCCAUGUUGUGGCUUCGAGAGCGACAGCAAUCCCUCCUCAACCGCCGCUAAGCCCAAGUCGCCAGUGUCGCUGAAGGCAUCGCCAGUGAAUGAUUUGCUGCCGCGUAGGGGUCGCCGUCCCAGGAAUUCACCUAUUUACAUGCCGGCCAAAAGACAGCGGCGAUCGGUGGUCAAGAAAGAGAAGGAUAAACCGAAGGUUGACGCUGAACCACUCACCGUAGAGAAAACAAAGUCUGAUCAUAGGGGCAUCUUUCCGCCGGAACCAAAGGUCGAGAGCCGUGCUCCAUCCUGCGAUGAGGCAAUCGACAGCACUUCAGAUGUGCCAAAGGAAGCACCUUCGAAUGUAGUACUUAACGAAAAGGAGAACGAAAUCACUUCAAAUGGUUUGACUGAAAGUUGCGAUAGGGUCAACGCCAUACAAGUGGAGUCAGAUAACAAAAAUACAGCCUCCAAAAGCCUGGAGAAAAAUGUGUCCAAUGAAGUCGUAGGAGAACAGCAAAAUGCCAAAACAGAAGAGGCCAAAAAUGGCAUCAGCGAUAAUGGGGAAAUAAAUUCUAUAAAGCAGCCCGAAAACUCAAAAACAACAAGUGAAAGCGAAGAAACAAUUGCACAAGAAAAUUCUUCACAUGAUAUUUCUGCCGAAAAAGAUAAACAAUUAAAUGAAAGUGAUCCCCUGCAGUCAGAGGAACUUACUUCAUCCACAGAACCCAGUGAGACGCCAGCCGAAGCUGUUGACCAGCCGGAAACUGUGGAGCCGCUGGAAACUGUGAAGCAACAGGAAUCCGCUGGACAAACAGAAGCGACGGAGAAACAACUGAAAUCGGUCGAUGUUGAGCAUUCGGAAAGUGUGGACCAAGCAGAGCAGCAGGAGAUGAUAGUGAGCAUACCGCUGGAGGCGCUCAAUGAGGAUCUGCAGCGCCGCCUGUGCGUGGAGGAGGCGGUAAACCGCGACAUUGCGACGCCCAAGGAGCUGCCCCUGCAGCCCGACGAUGUGAACAACAAUGCAAACGAUGAAAAUUUUUGCCAGAGUGCUACAGCAGAUAGCUUCAAUGCUGCUGUGGCACUCCGAACCAAUGAAAUUGAAGCCACACCAACGGAAGCAGAAGAAGAAGAGGCCUCAAGUGGGGCCGAUUCCUCGCCAGACGAAUCGGACAUGGAUGAGGUGCAGCCGGUGCGUUCGGGACCCACGCCCAUGGACUUUAUGGCCGAGUUUGCCAAGCACUGUGAGAACGGCAUUGAGCAGCUUAAGGUCACCACACCGGCUCCAUCGCCCCUGCCCUUUGACGAUCUGGAGGCCAAGCAGAAGCUGGAGGUGGAGAUGAACGACGUGGAGACCACUCUCAAUGGCAUUCUCAACGAGAUGCAGGACCAGCACAUGUAUACCCCGAAUUGUGCCCACAUUGAUGAGUUCCUUACUCCCGCCGACUAUGCUCCGAUGACUGAACAGGAAUCCUCCGUCCCAUCGCCGCCCAAUCCCUUCGAGCAGAGUCCAGUGGCUGAGCCGGAGCCCAAGCCCUCGGCCACCGACGAUCCCUUCGACAACAGCAACUUUAGCAACGAACUCAUUGGCUUCCAGAACGAUAUUCCCUGCUUUGAGAAUAUUGAAGCCACUUCGGAACCGGGACAGACUUUGCAUCUGGAGCUCACUCAGUUGCUGAGGGAUCUACAGCCGGCGCAGGAGGCUCAGCCGCAGGAGCAGCAAAGCAGCCAGACCCAGGACCAAGUCGUCGUCCAGGCAGAGACCCAAGUGCAGGCACAAAAUGAAUCUGAAGACCCCUCUCCGCAUGAGUCACGCAUGCCGACUCCCAUAUCAUCCCCUCAAGCGCAGAUGGAAUCCGAAAUCGAGACGCAGAUGCAACACGAAGCCCUAACAGUGCCGAAUCCACCAAAUCAGCCUCAAGUACAAUCUCAUGACCAAUCUCAGAUGCAAUCUCAGAUGCUAGACCAAAUCCCACCGCAAAUGCAGCCACAGAUUCAAGGCCAAGUCCAAGAGCACCAAACCAUACAGAUUGUGCAACCGCAAGUGCAUCCCCAACUGCAGCUUCAAUCGCAGGUGGUUCCCCAUGUCCAGCGGCAGGGCACAACCACCACAGUCACCUACGAGCAGAUCUAUCAGCAGCACAUUGUCCAGCAGACGGUGCAGCAGUCCUCCAACAAGAUGCAGGUCAUCUCGUUGCCCUCGACUGGAUCGGAAACGCGACAAUGGCAGUCGUCCACACAGCAGUCGACGCAGCAGCAGCAACAGCUCCAGUGGUCGUCGGUGGGCGGUCUGGAGGCCAUUAAAAGUGCGCCCGUUGAGAGUGUGGCACCCACUACCACCACGUACUACAUCAGUGCCAGCGAUCUGUAUCCACAGCAGACCACUGAAACCUACACCAUGCUCCAGCCGGCAUCCAAUGAAAGCUAUAUGCUUGAGCCGGUGAAUCCGCAGCAACAGCAGCAGCAUCAGCAACGCCAGCGACAGCUUCAGCUUCAGCAUGCCCAGCAGGUUCAGCGUGCCCAGCAGCAACACCAGCAGGCGCAGCAGCAACCGAUUAUGAUACUUAUCCAGCAGCCAGAGAUGCAGCCGGUGGCCUCGGCCAGCAAUCCGCAGCAGGCACCGGUCCAUGUCUACGGCGCUACUAUCAGCAACAAUUUGCACCAUCAGAACAGCCAGCGUCAGCAGGUGCGACAGCAAUACCAGCGGCAUCAGUUCCAGCAGAGCCAGCCACAGCAGCAGCAGCAGCAACACCGCCUCGUUCAAAGCCAUCCAGUAUUGGGAAUGCCGGGAGCCACGUCCAUAUCGACCAAAGUGACACCCAUUCCCGCCACCACGCCCAAGGGUCGGGCGCUGACGCUCAAGUGCCGCUUCUGCCAGAACGGACCGCGCUUUUCCAGCAGCCUGGAGUACAGCCGGCACAUCAUCGAUUUGCAUCCGGCGGUGGCGCCGUUCAACUGCCCGCACUGCCCGAUGGCGUUUGCCGGGAGGAGCAAGCGUUCGCAGCACAUUCUCAGCCAUCAUGUGGUGCAGCAGUACCAGUGCGGCCAGUGCACGCAAGUGUUCCCCGCCCAAAAGGCACUGGACAUGCACAUUCAGCGCUUCCACAUGACAUUGCAAACGGUGGAUACGGUGAAAGUGGAGGAGGUUCAGCUGCAGAUAAUGAACGAACGGAAGCAGCGGCCUAGGCAAUAUAAGCCACGGCUGCAAUAUCAGCAGCAGCAAUUGCAACCACUGCUGCAGCAGCAGCAACAGCAGCAGCAAGAGCAACAGCAACAACAGCAGCAAGAGCAACAGCAACAACAGCAGCAACAGCAGCAGCAGCAGCAACAACAGCAGCAACAACAACAGCAGACACAACAGCAGCAACAACAACAGCAGCAGCAGCAACAACAGCAGCAGCCGCAGCAACAACAACCACAGCCCGUGCAGCAAAUCCAUCAACCGCAACAACAGCAACAGCAGCAACAUGCGCUGCAAAUGCAACAGCCACAACAACAGCCACAACAACAGCCACAACAACAACCACAACAACAGCAACCGUUAAUGCAGCCCCAGUCACCGCAUCCAUCAACAAUGGAAAUUCAAGCCAGCACAACAACACCACGAAAGAUUCUCUGCUGUCCGGAUUGCGAAGACUGCACAUCCGGUCACAGCCAUGGCAACGUGCAGUUCGAGGAGCUACCGCCGACACUGCCGGCUCCGGCAACGGUGCUCACUCCCCCCUCGACCAUCGUCUCGGCUCCGUCGCCCCAACCCAUGGUGUAUUCGCAGCACAUAACAAUGCCAUCGCCGGAACAAUCCGAGCCAGAUUCCACGACCACGUUGCGACAGUUCCGCAAGCGUGGCGUGAUCGUUGGGCCACAGGGUCCGCUGCAUUUGGCCACACCAGUGGCCUCGCCCUCACCAUCCUCGUCGCCGUCCUCGUCUACGGUGGAUCAUGCACCGCCAGCAUCACCGGCGCCGCCCGCCUCCCCGGCGCCGCCCCCAUCGCCCGCUCCGACCACGGGGCAGGCGGUGAGCGAGCUGCGGAUGAGCCACCAGUGUCUGUACUGCGAGGAGCGGUUCACCAACGAGAUCUCACUGAAGAAACACCAUCAGCUGGUCCACGGAGCCCAGACAACGAUGCCGUUUGUGUGCAACAUCUGCAAGCGUGGCUAUCGCAUGCGAACGGCGCUGCAUCGGCACAUGGAGUCGCACGAUGUGGAGGGGCGACCGUACGAGUGCAACAUAUGUCGCGUACGGUUCCCGCGACCCUCGCAGCUCACGCUGCACAAGAUCACGGUGCACCUGCUUUCGAAACCGCACACCUGCGACGAGUGCGGCAAACAGUUUGGAACGGAGAGCGCCCUCAAGACGCACAUCAAGUUUCACGGUGCGCUCGGUUACCAGUGCGACUUGUGCGAUCGGACAUUCGAGUAUCUCAAAGAUUUGCGCAAACAUCGACGCACCCACAGCGAGUUGUUGUUUUACAAAUGCAAGUUUUGUCCAAGCUCCUUUUUGCGUUUCACCAGUUUUCAGGCACACAUGAACUCGCAUUUGCCACUGGGCGUAUUUCUUAACGAGGAAGCCGCAUCAAAGUCACCUAGCAACAACAAUAGCAACACCGUCAGCGAUAAGCUAGAGAAUCCACCCACGCCCAUCGAGGAGACACCUCUGACGCCGAUGAGCAGCGGUGGACACGUGUACAACAGCCCCGAUGAAUACCCGAAUUCGGUUGAAAGCUGUGCCGGCAGUAGCCUGGCUCUGGAAUCAGUGGCCACAACGCCAUAACCCAGGUGGCCGGAUUAUAUUUUAGUCCUCGAAGCUUUAGUUAUAAGUCACGACCAGCAACAUAGCCAAAUAACAGCGGCACCUUCCUAUGCUAUUACCAUGUUCGGUGGUGUAUAGCUUCCAUUCUUCCCAUUGGAGCCAACCAAUAAAUAGUUAAUUAUCGACCAGAA